UUUGAACUCUGUAGACGUGCUCUGUAAAUUAUCUAGACGUGUGCGCUCUGCAAUACAGUGUUACUAAAUAUUGUCAGUAAAUUCUACACGAUGUUGCUGCGAACGAUUUGUAAGAACAAGUGGUCCGUCAAAUCGAUUUCGACAAAAAAAUCAUCAUUUAAUGAAGUUUUGACGGACACAUUUGGUAGGAAACAUAAUUAUCUUCGAGUGUCGCUGACCGAACGUUGUAAUCUUAGAUGUGAAUAUUGUAUGCCACUUAAAGGUGCAAAGUUGUCAGAACAGUCAAAGUUACUUUCAAAUAACGAAAUAGUUCGUUUAGUAUCAUUAUUUGCCAAACAAGGGGUCGAUAAAAUUCGAAUUACAGGUGGAGAACCUACAGUAAAAAAGGAUAUUAUUCAAAUAGUUGAAUCACUCAGAGAUAUUAGAAAACUCAAAACGAUUGCGAUGACCACGAAUGGAUUGACUCUAACGAAACAUUUGGUGGACCUCCAACGAGCUGGGUUGAACGCACUAAACAUUAGUUUAGACACGUUGCAACAAAAUACGUACGGAAACAUCACUAGAAGAGACGGUCGAUUGUUGAAAAGAGUAUUGGCAGGCAUCGAUCUAGCAUUGCAGUUGGGAUUCAGUCCAGUUAAGGUGAACUGCGUGUUGAUGAAAGGAAUAAAUUUCGAUGAAUUAUGUGAUUUUGUAGAAAUGACCAGAGACAGGAAAAUCAAUUAUAGGUUUAUCGAGUUUAUGCCGUUUUCGAUGAACGAUUGGGAUGAAAAGCGAAUGGUACCUUAUAAAGAAGCAAUCCGAGAGAUCAUGAAGUCAUAUCCUAAUUUUGAACCAUUUGAUAACGAGCCGAAUUCUACUUCAAAAAUGUAUCGGGUGCCAGGAUUCGCAGGCAGCAUUGGCUUUAUAUCGUCAAUGACCGAUGAUUACUGCGAUAGUUGUAAUCGACUCAGAUUAAUGGCCGACGGAAACUUAAAGGCGUGCUUGUUUCAAAACAACGAAAUCAGUUUGAGGGAUCCACUUCGGCAAGGAGCUUCAGAUGAAGAAUUAUUGGACAUCAUAUCGAAUGCAGUGAAAGACAAAAAACGGAAACAUGCUGGAAUGGAAAAUCUUCCUCGUAUGCCGAAUCGUCCAAUGAUUUUGAUCGGUGGAUGAGUAAAUCCGACAACGCUUACAUCACAUAACAUUAUAUUACCCGCCUACUAUAAGACAAAUAUUUGAGGUAUAGAACCUUAUUAUACCUAUACCUACCUACCUACCGUGGUGCGUUUUAGCCAGAUGUGUACUCAAUCUCCUGGUAAACAGGAAGAGAGAUAGGAUUUUUAAGUACAUAAUUUUACUUUAAUGUUUGUAUUUAAAUAUACAUUUUCAUUUUGUCGUUAAUAAUUAUUAUUAUGUUAUUCACCAUUUUAAUUUAUAAGACUUACGUACUAUAUUAAACUGUUAUGUUCGAAAAUAAAUACCAAAUAACUGUUUAUAUAGACUUGGAUGAAUGAUGGUAUUUUUUUAUUUGGCAUAUCAAAUAGUUACCUAUUGGUUUUACAACGAUUGAAACGCGUUGAUCUUUACGGAUUUUAUGCAAUUCAUAAUAAAUUAUAUUAUAUUAUAUACCUAACUAUAUAAUGCCCAUAUGGGAAAUCAGACAUAUAGGUACCUAAUAACUAAUAUUAUAAUGUCAAAUUGUUCAUGAAUACCAUUUAACUAGGUCCUUAUGAUAAAAUAAUAUAAUCAAAACAUUUAAAUCACUAUCACUCGUCGUUGAACUAAAGUACCCUGAGCCUAACCAAAAUUUCAAAACCAACUUUCAACAUUUCUGCAGCCAACGAUCCUGUUCAGUGAUACAUAGCCGUAAUCUAGAGGGCACGGGGAAGGGGGGGAUAAAAUAUUAUAAUUAAAGUUGUUCUCUAAAAAAUAAAAUAUAAGUGUACUAAUGCUUACAAUAUGCCGUUAAUAUUUGUUUUUCAUAUUGUAGUAGGUACCUAUAGUACCCAGUAGGUACUAUAAAAGGCACUAUUAGGAACUGAUAUGAAACACAAUUAUUUUAUUGAUUUGGCAAAAUAACUCAUAGGUAACUAUCAUUACAUUUUUUACAUAAUUUUUAAGAGUAGCUAAAAUGAUUACUCAUGAAUGUACUCAUUAUAUUUCAAUAUUAAUUUAUACUCAAUUCAGAGACGGACUGGCAUGUCAUCUGUAUUGAUGUUUUGUAGUCCCUUUGUGGCCAUUGAGCCUAUCUUUGAAGAUCCGAUAUAGGCUAAAUAAAAUAGCCAUUUGGCCUGUAUAACCCCAACUAAUCCACCUCUAAUACUCUUAGGUAAUUGUCAUUUAAUUUUAUUAUUGUUGUUGUUAUAAUUAUUAUUAUUUAGUUAAAAAUAAUGUAAAUAGGUACCUACCUAAUAAUAAUUUUUUUAAAUCUGAGAAAAUAUGAACACAUUUUAUUCACAAAAUUUGAUAGGUAACAAUAUUCUUUUUUUCUGAUUAUAAAAAGAAUAACAUUUGGUGAAAGUAACUGUACUUAUAUAAUGUGCUUUAGGCUAAAAGAAAAUAUUCAUAUAACUAAUAUAAUUAUUAUUUUAAUAUAGUCCAAACAUAAAACAUUUAUAUCAUAUAAAGUAUAAAGAAUAACUUUUUUGGUUUUUUUUAUUUCUUUUAUUGCUAAAUUAAAAAUAUGUUUAAAAUAUUAAUUUAAAACUUUGAUAUGUAUACAUUGUGUAUAGUUAUUAUGUUUAUUCCGUAGCUUGGCUAUCAUAGCUGUUCUUCGGGUAGUUAUAACUAUAACCUAAAGUAAAGUAUUAUAGAUGGACUGACAGAAAAAAAACUGAAUAAUUAAUUUAGGUACAAUAGUUAUUACUUAUUAAUUUAUUUUUCGUUUAUAUUUUUAAUCAAUACCAACAUCGACAUAAUAUUAUAGUCCUAAAUAAUGUUUUUAAUGAUUAUAAAAUAUAAGUGAAUGUUAAAAAUCAGUUUUAUCUCUCCCUAUAACAAAUAAUUUUACCAGCACUGAUUGAAACCUAAUUUUUUGUUUUUAUAUUUUUAACAGUAAGUAUACUUAUACCUACUUAAGUGUUUUUUUUUAAAUUUAAAUUUAGCAAUUUUGAAGCACACUAUUUAGCAUUAUGCGUUAACUAUAAUCCGUUUUCACAUAUUUUCUGUAUCAUUCAAUUGUCACACGUUCCCGCCAUAUUCUGUUCUGGGGAAUUGUCCAUCCCCAAGUUAUAUAAAAUGAACUCAGAUGACGCCGCUAUAUCUAUAAGGCAAUAGAAAACGUGUCUAUCAAAGAUUUUUUUUCUGUUUUAUUUUCG